ACUUAUUUAUCUAUUAUCAUUAUCAAAUCUUUUUUGUUUCUAUUCGACAUUACACAUGGGUAUCAAUGUUUUUAACCGGCAACUAUUAUUUUUCUCUUAUUUAAAAAGUAUGUUUUUAGAACGCUACCUACGUCACCAACCACGUGUUCAACCCGGAAGUUUGCUGGACAUGCUUCACUUGUCAACAGUUUCUCACCCACAUUUUUGCCGUAGCUAAAGUAAUACUGUUGUUCGACUACGUUUGUGUCACGAUGUCUGAGAACGUGUGCAGCCUGAAGGCGCAGCUCGAGGAGAAAGAGAAAGAAAUCGCUGCUUUGAGGAAUAAAUUGACUCAGCUGGAGAAGGGUCCAGGCUCGUCCCAGGAGCUGCACCGCAGCGUGCUCCCUCUCAGCCCGCUGGACGCCAGGGCGGCCCUCGGCAACGAGGACAUCAUGCGCUACAGCAGGCAGCUCCUUCUGCCCGAGCUCGGGGUGCAAGGUCAGCUGAAGUUAUCCCAGACCUCAGUGCUCAUUGUGGGCUGCGGAGGACUCGGCUGCCCUCUGGCUCAGUACCUUGCAGCAGCGGGUAUUGGGCGGCUGGGCCUGCUGGACUACGAUGAGGUGGAGCUCAGCAAUCUGCACAGACAGGUGCUUCACGGGGAAGAGAAUCAGGGUCAGUCCAAGGCUCUGUCUGCUGCCGUUGCAGUCAAGAGGCUAAACUCAACAGUGGAGUGUGUUCCCUACCAUCUGCAGCUCUCAACACAGAACGCCUUGCAGCUCGUUCAACAGUAUGACAUUGUGGCUGAUUGCUCAGACAAUGUCCCCACUCGCUAUCUGGUGAAUGACGCCUGCGUCCUCAGUGCCAAACCCCUUGUGUCAGCCAGUGCCUUAAAAAUGGAGGGACAGUUGACAGUAUAUAACUACUGUGGUGGACCCUGCUACAGAUGUCUCUACCCAGUGCCUCCCCCCCCAGAGACGGUGACCAACUGUUCUGAUGGAGGGGUGUUGGGAGUAGUUCCAGGAAUAAUGGGAUGCUUCCAGGCUUUGGAAGUCCUCAAGAUUGCCUCAGGACAAGGCUCUUCCUGCAGUCAACAGCUGAUAAUGUUUGACGCCCAAGAUGCUAGAUUCAGAUCCAUUAGGUUGAGACCCAAGCAGGCCGACUGUGCAGUGUGCGGCGACAACCCCAGUGUAACGCAACUAGUGGACUACGAGAGCUUCUGUGGGUCUGCUGCCACUGAUAAGUGCCGCAAACUCAACCUCCUGAUUCCAGAUCAGAGGAUCACAGUGCAGGAUUAUAAAUCAGUGAUAGACAAUGCAGAACCCCAUCUGUUGUUGGAUGUGCGCCCUCUUGUGGAGGUGGAUAUAUGUCGCUUACCCUUUUCUCUCAACAUUCCUCUCUCAAGUUUAGAGCAGGGGAAGAGUGAACAUCUCCGGUUACUACAGGAGAGAAUCAGACGGCUGAAACAGCAGAUGGCAGGUGACGGCCAGCCUCCAGUGUAUGUGAUCUGUAAGCUGGGCAAUGACUCGCAGAAGGCUGUACAGGUUCUAGAGAAGAUGAGCGGAUCGGACGUGGAUGGGAUCACAGUGAAAGACAUCUGUGGGGGCCUCAUGGCCUGGGCAAAGAGAAUAGACCCAACAUUUCCACAAUAUUAAUGUAUUUUUGUCACUACUGGCAAUAAAUGCGGUUUUGUAUUUAA